AUGGGCUUGAAAUUCCUUGAUAUCGUCAAGCCUUUCUGUGCUAUACUUCCGGAAAUCAGCAGACCCGAGCGUAAAAUUCAAUUUAGAGAGAGAGUAUUAUGGACUGGAAUUACCUUGAUGAUAUUUCUCUUCUGUUGUCAAAUCCCUCUUUUUGGGAUUAUGUCCUCCGAGUCUGCUGAUCCUCUAUACUGGCUUCGAGUAAUAUCAGCCUCCAAUAAAGGAACAUUGAUGGAGUUGGGAAUAUCUCCCAUAAUAACUUCUGGACUCAUUAUGCAGCUUCUUGCUGGUAUUCAAGUGCUGUCAGUUGGCGAUGCACCUAAAGACCGCGCCCUUUUCAAUGGCGCUCAGAAGCUUUUCGGUAUGGUUAUCACAAUUGGCCAAGCUUCGGUGUAUGUCAUGUCUGGCAUCUAUGGAGCUCCCAGUGAGUUGGGUGCCGGCAUUUGCUUGCUGAUUAUCUUUCAGCUGACGUUUGCCGGUCUUUUGGUACUUAUGUUGGACGAACUUCUCCAAAAAGGCUAUGGGUUGGGUUCGGGUAUCUCUUUGUUUAUCGCUACGAACAUUUGUGAAACCAUUGUAUGGAAAGCUAUAAGUCCAACUACGAUCAACACCGGGCGGGGUACCGAGUUUGAGGGUGCUAUUAUUUCGCUCUUCCAUCUCUUGGCGACACGUACUGAUAAGGUCAGAGCUUUGCGCGAGGCAUUCUAUCGUCAAAACUUGCCCAAUUUGAUGAAUAUCCUUGCCACGGUUUUGGUGUUUGCCGUUGUGAUUUACUUCCAAAGCUUCCGCGUGGAUGUUGCCGUCAAAUCUAUCCGAUUUCGAGGACAGUCGUCAUCAUACCCAAUUAAGUUGUUCUAUACCAGUAACGCACCGAUCAUGCUUCAGAGUGCACUGGUGUCUAACCUAUACGUGAUGUCUCAGAUGUUGGCCAGCAAGUUCCGUGGAAACUUUCUGAUUAACUUACUGGGAGUUUGGUCUGAUGGUGAAGGUGGUUCGCGAUCCGUGCCCGUUGGUGGUCUUUGCUAUUAUAUGACUCCGCCGGACUCAUUAAGCGACAUGUUGGUUGAUCCACUACACGGAGUUCUAUACAUCGCUUUCAUGCUCGGAAGUUGUGCAUUCUUCAGCAAGAUAUGGAUCGACGUCUCUAAUUCUAGCGCAAAAGACGUCGUUAAACAACUUAAAGAACAACAAACAUUCGUUCCCGGUCACAGGGAAAAUUCUAUGGUUCAUGAGUUCAAUCGGUAUAUUCCAACUGCCGCUGCUUUGGGUGGUCUGUGCAUAGGAGCGCUUUCAGUGUUGGCAGACUUCUUGGGUGCUAUCGGAAGCGGCACUGGCAUUCUAAUGGCGGUGACCACUAUCUACCAAUACUACGAGGUGUUCGUGCGCGAGCAAAGUGAAAUGGGAGGAUCGAUGAGUUCCUUAUGGCUUUGA